AUGCUUACUAAAAUCAAGGCUGAACCCCCAUCUAUAAAUGCCAACCUCUUCUCCUUCACAAUCACUUCCUACCUCAUUCCCAUCCACAGAUACAGAAGAAUUGAAGAAGAGCACCUAUCCUUCAAGGUUAGCUCUCCAAUGAAGGGGAUAACAGAGCCUAAGAUCGAAUCAGAGCCAUCCAAAGCAAUGCCAUCAUCAUCAUUCAAGAAGAAGUACAAAGGAGUGAGAAUGAGGAGCUGGGGAUCAUGGGUGUCUGAGAUAAGAGCACCAAACCAAAAAACAAGAAUAUGGUUAGGCUCUUACUCCACCCCAGAAGCUGCUGCAAGAGCCUAUGAUGCUGCACUUUUAUGCCUAAAGGGUUCCUCAGCCAACCUUAACUUCCCAAUCUCCUCGUCACAAUACCUUCCUGAUACCAUUUUGUCCCCUAAAUCCAUCCAAAGAGUUGCAGCAGCAGCAGCUGCCAAUAGUUUUCCAGACAAUGCCAACCCACCACCACCACUAUCUCCUUUCUCUACCUCGACCUCAUCUUCAUCAACCUCUUCGCCAUUGUUGUCGUCUUCAACAUCAAAUCAUAUCGAGGAUGAUGUUUUGUUAGCUCCAUCUCAUGAAAUCUACGUUCCCCCAAUAGUAGAUCACCUGUCAUGCUCAUAUGUUGCUGAUGAACCAAUGUGCAUAACUGCACCGUGGUACAACGUUGUUUCACCAACGUAUAUCGAUAUGCUUAGUGGGGUGGUGUUCGAUCCACCACCGAUGAUUGAAGAUGCAUAUGAAGAAGGCGAUAUUCGUCUCUGGAGCUUCUGCUGA